AUACAUUUGAUCAUCAGGUGAACUAGUGCAUGCUUGAACACUCUGGAGUUGGUGUCUAGACCUGAAACGGUUAAAGUUUCCUCAGAUGGAAAGAGCAGUCGAAGUCUGCACAGCAACAAGCGCCACAAUUGCGUCGCGCACUGCAGUAAAAACAGUCGGGUUCAGUGUGUGUGUGUGUGUGUGUGUGUGUGUGUGGGUUUUGGUCCAGUUGCUGACGUUUUCCUCCAUGCCUGUCAUCAGUUGCUACCUUAUCGGCAGCACUCUCUCUCUCUCCCCCUCUCCCACUCUCUUUCUGUUUUUGAGCAUCCUGAAAAAGGAAAAUCGUGAGACCAGCAGACAUGAUGCGGUUCUUGGAUAUUUCCAGGCGAAGUGUCAGUCAGGGCGCAUUAGACUUUGGACCGGAUGGAGCCUCGUUCCUGUAGUCAUCACACGUAACUACAUGUAGUGCAGGAAAGACUCACUGAUCAACCCAAUUCACUCUGCGUGAACCUCACUCAGAUGUUUCAUAGAGAAGUUCAUCUCAAUCUUAUGCACUGUAUAGUUUUUUUUUUCGUCUCCAACAUUCUGCAUGGAGAAACAUAUUUACAGACACAAUCUAAUCACAUGCCAUCUUGUUUGUUUGUUGUUAUUGUGGGGGGGUCUGGAAUUCAGAAUGCUCAAAAGUGAUCUGCAGUAGCUCGGGAUGGAUCUUCUGGAGGAGGACCUGACAUGCCCGAUAUGCUGCUCUCUCUUCGAGGACCCUCGUGUGCUGCCGUGCUCGCACAGUUUUUGCAGAAGGUGCCUGGAGGGCAUCCUGGACGACAACCGAAGCCCAUUGUGGAGACCUCCGUUCAAAUGUCCGACGUGUCGAAAGGAGACCGCGCACAACGGCGUCUCGAGCCUGCAGGUGAACUACUCUUUGCGCAGUAUCGUGGAGAAGUUCAACAAGAUCCGUGCGAGCCCGAGGAUGUCUCAGUGCCGCGCGCACAGCGGGCAGCCCCUGAACAUCUUCUGCGCCACCGACCUGAAGCUCAUAUGCGGCUUUUGUGCCACUACCGGGGAGCACAAAGGGCACAAGUUCUGCGCGCUUGAGGAGGCGUACGAGCGUGAAAAGGUCGCCUUCGACGAGCUGCUUCGCUCCGUGGAGAGCUGGAAAGGCGCCGAGGUGCUCUCGUGCCUGGAGGCGCUCGAGGGGGCGAAGAAGAAAGCGCUGCAGAUGGCCUCGCGCGACCUGGACCGGGUGGCGGAGUACUUCGACAAGCUGCUCCGCGCGCUCGAGCACAAGCGCAGCGAGAUCCUCUCGGACUUCGAAGCUCUGAAGCUCGCGGUGAUGCAGACCUUCGAUCCGGAGAUCAACCAGCUCCGCUCGUCGCUGGAGGAGCAGCAGCGCGCGCUGCGCCUCGCCGAGUCUUUCCGCGCGCUCACCGAGCCGCUCUCCUUCCUGCAGUGCAUGCAGGACUUCCGCGAGAGAGUGCGCGCCGUGCGCGAGACGCCGCUGCCCGCGCGCGCCGACGUGGACGUCGCCACGCUCGUGCCCAGCUUCGACGUGCACGAGUGGGACCGCGUGCGUCUGGGAGACCUGGACGCGCUGCGGGCUCCGCACGAGGGCGGCGCUCUCCGCUCGCCGGCGUCCCGCGGCGUCCCCGCGCGCCUGUCGCGGAUACUGUGGGGUUCCGCCGCGCUGCUGUGCGCGUGCCUGUGCCUGUGCCUGUCUAACUGCCUCACUAUGGACUGGGUCUCUGUGGGUUUCUCCGCCAAACCGGUGUCCGCGCUCACUCGCGUCUCCGUGCCCGCUCCCGCGGAGAUGCUCCGGUGGCUCUCGCGUUGCUGGCGUGAGGUGGCGGGAGUGUGCGCGCUCCUCACCGAGCUCUGCAGGAACUGCGUUACCGAGCUCAUUGACACCACGUCAGAGUUUAUCAGCUGAUCUUUUGGGGGGUUUUGUACUCUACCCGGUGGACUGAGAGGUGCACGGAUAACGGAUGCUUUUAUAACAUACCUUUACGCUCAGACAGUCUCUAAAAUACAAAGCCUAAGUAUUUCUCCUGCGUUUUUGUGUGCAGUAUUUAUUUUCUCAUGUGCAUUCUUUUCUUUCACCGCUCAGACACACAGUCAGCUUGGAUAAAAGUGCUAGUUAUUGCAGUUAACUGAGAAAUACGUAUGGACGAGGGUUUCAGAGUUGAUUAAUACUAAAACUGAAGAUAAUUUUAGCACAUUAUUUGCUUUGGUCAUCGUACACCAUGAGGAUUAUUAAACAGGUUUCCCCCCAAACUUCUUGUAAAGAAUUUACAGCAGUACCGAUGUUCUCUCACACUCAGUUCCUGGGUUCCCCUUAGCCUCAUCCACACACACACACACACACACACACACACACACACACACACCACCUUCUCUUCUUCUUUCAUCUAGACCAAAUUAUUUUUACUUUCCAGGAACAUACGGGCUUUUUUAUUAUUUGUGGUGUAUUUUAUAUACAAAACAGGGAACUCAAGAAUAAAUGUUAAAAUAGGUCUAAUAUAAUGUGUCCAUCUGUCAAAAGCUACGAUAGAUAGAUAGAUAGAUAGAUAGAUAGAUAGAUAGAUAGAUAGAUAGAUAGAUAGAUAGAUAGAUAGAUAGAUAGAUAGAUAGAUAGAUAGAUAGAAUUUUCAUCUAAAUGAAGCCAUUAACAAAUGAAAGAUAGGUAGAUGUUACGCAUAUUUCUCUCUCUCUCUCUCUCGCUAUUUUUUCAUUAAAUAACAUCUGUAAUGUAAAGCUGUCCAGCUUGUUAAACUUUCUUUGCUUUAUAGAGAGAGAGAGAGAGAGAGAGAGAGAGAGAGAGAGAGAGAGAAGGAGAGAAAUAUGCUUAACAUCUAUUUAUCGUUCAUUCAUCUGUCAAUGGCUUCAUUAAUUAAAUAAAUAAUAUCUAUCUAUCUAUCUAUCUAUCUAUCUAUCUAUCUAUCUAUCUAUCUAUCUAUCUAUCGCCAUUGACAGAUAAUCACAUUACAUUAGCCCUAUUUUUCAGUUGAAAUAAAUAUCUAGGAUGUAAGGAUGCAAUAGAGAAUCACAUUAAGACCAUGUUGUUAUACUUUAUGGGGAGUAUCAUUUCUGUAGAGAAAAAAUGCAAUACUAAUAAAAAGAAAGUGCAAUAAUAA